AUGAGUCAAACACCAGAACAUACACAAUAUGGAUUAUUCGCCGAUGAUACGGCUCUCUGGGCUGCUUGUAACAUCACGUCAGGCAUGAACAGACGAAUUCAUGAAUCGGUAGAUGCCUUUCAGCGAUGGUGUACAUCAUGGAAACUGUCACUGCAACCCACAAAAACAGAAAUGAUACAUUUCAGUCCACAUCCACGUAAAAAGUAUAAAUAUCCAAUGUUCGUAGUAGUGGGACCAACAAUAGUUUGUCCACAGCCAUUUGCACGAUAUUUAGGCGUGAUUUUUGAUCCUAUCAUGGAAGCAUCAUAUAAAACAUAUUAA